UAAACAAAAAUAAAUAUCUUGCACACUGUUCAGCAAAAUUGCUUUGAAUUUAUUGAGAUCUGGUGAACAGCAUAAAUGUCCAUCUCAUCCAAGUGCCGUGUGUGCAUUUGCACACUCGAUGCAGAUGCUAUAUCCUAUGACAUGCGAAAACUGCCCAAGCUGGCGCACAAGUUCGUCACCUGCACAGAUUUGUCCGUGUCCGAUGAGAUGCGGCUGCCAAGUGAGCUGUGCCGCGCCUGCCAUGACCAGUUGGACCGUUUGUAUGCAUUUCGGGCCAAGUGCAUAGCAGCCGAUACGAAAUGGCGCAUGGAAAUACUAGCCUUCUGCGAUGAUGAGCAGCCCAUUAACGACGCCGCGCAGACAACGACUUCUGAAGAAGUCGUGGAGCUGAAGCAGUGCCGGGUAGAGGCAGACACCAACCAGCAUCAUGACCUGCCGGAUACAGCCAAUACAGAAGCGCAAGUGGAAUCAAGCGUAGUCGUACCACCGCAGCAGAUCACGGAAGUCAACUCGGAAUUGGGUGCCGAACAGAACCUUCCGCUGCAACAGCAAAAAUCGAUCUACAAAUGCGAUAUCUGCGCGACGCAGUUCUUGGAGGAACAUCGCCUACAAGCACACAAGCGUCAACAUGGACUGAUGCCCUAUCCCUGCCCGGAGCCGGGCUGCGACCGCGGCUACAGCCACAAGAACACGCUAAGCGUGCAUAUGCGCAAGUGCCACAAGCUGGGCAAGGAGCACAAGUCGCACGUAUGCGAAUACUGUGGCAAGACAUUCGACACUCUGUGGCGACUCAAAAAUCAUCGCUUCACCCACAAGGACAAAUCGGAGCUGCCGUAUGUGUGUGAAGAGGCAGACUGUGCCCAACGCUUCUCCAGCAAGCAGCUGCUCAAGGUGCACAUGAUGCGGCAUGCGGGCAUUAAAAACUAUAGCUGUACCUACUGUGGCGUACAGAAGACGACACGGACCGAGCUCAAGAUUCACCUGAACUAUCAUACGCUGGAGCGCACCUAUUGCUGCCGCAUCUGCUCCAAGGUGUGCAACAGCUCCAGCAAUCUCAACCUGCAUAUGCGCAGCGUACACGAACGUGACCGUGCCCGUAGCUAUGCCUGCAGCUACUGCGACCGCACCUUCACCCAGCCAUUCCUUUGCAAGCAACACGAGCUGAUCCACACUGGGGAGAAGCCGCACGAGUGCCCGGAUUGUGGCAGGCACUUUAGACAAAAAGGCGCGCUGCGCACGCAUCGCAAGAUUCAUGAGCGGGAGAGCAUGGAAACAAAUGCAAAUCCAAUCCAAUCUCCAAACGAUAUAGCUGUGGGUGUGGGUGGGGGAGUUGGCAAUGUGCCAGGACAAGUGGUACAUGAUUAUGAGUAACCUAAUUG